AUGGCGCCCAAACGAAAGCGCCAGGCGCGCCUCACCUUUGAGCCUACAGGUGCCCAAUCCUCGUCGCAGUCUCAGUUCUCGCCCGCCAACAUGAGAUAUGCUGGCUCGUCGCAAGUGACUUCGUCGCCGUCAAAGACUAGCAGUCGACCUGUCGCCGCCAAAAAGAAGAAGAAGGCAACGCAGAAAACUAUUCAGGGCACUAUAAGCAACACAAGGUCAACACGCCAGAGUAGUCAGGCAAGCCCUCCGUCUAGCAAACCUCGAGUAUCAUUCAUGCCCCAGUCGCAGAGAGGCGGAGUCGUACUUCUGUCCGACGACAGUGAUGAUGAUGAUGAUGACGAUGAUGACGACGAUGACGAUGUCCUCCAUGUACCAGUGGGUCGUCGCCGUGGUGGAGGGGCAACCAAGCAACAGAAUCUGCCUUAUUUGGAGUCCGAUGAUGAUGGUACUGAUGAUAAUGGCGAUCUUGACAAAGUCACUCGUGAUACUGACGACGACGACGACGAUGAGCCCAUUCAACCAAGCUCAUCAAGAGCAAGAAGACUUCCAGCCCUUGAGUCUGAAAGCAGUUCUGACUCGGAUCUACCUGCCAAAAAGAGGAAGACAAUACAGGUGCCAUCUUCGCCAUCAUCAAGUUCAGAAUUAGAGAAGACACCUGGCAGAAGACUGAUCCGCAGAGGACAACCAUCCUCAUCCCCGACCAAGCGUCACAAAGGACACCGUACUCCAAAACAGAAGAAUAUGGAGCUAUUAAAGCGCCGACGCGCAGGCGAGAAAAUUGACCAGUUGACGUCCUCGGAAUCGGACACAGAGGAAGAUAAGAGAGGUCUCUACGAUACCGCUAGUGACGAUUCGUUGCAGUUUCUCGAGGAUUUCCCGGAUGACGAGGUGAACGAAGAGAACGAGGACGAUGACGAGUCUUCAGGCAAGGCUGUGUCUUCUCGCAAGCCCAAAAGACAGUCUCUGGUCAAAAAGGAUGAGCCCGGUGGUGGCGAUGAUGACAGUGACCUAGACGACUUUGUUGUCGAAGAUGACGACACACCAAUCGGUGCUCCCGAUCAUAUGAACAUGCCCUACGAAUUCACCGCAGAGUCUCGCAAACCGGCCAAGGAGCAAUUUCCCUACGUGGUCGAAUGGCUAGUCCACAACAAGAUCAACCCUGCUUUUGAUCGCAAGGAUCCUAUCUAUACCCAUGCGUGGCAAAAGCUUAAUGAUGAGGUGAGUGGAUUAGCGACAUCAAAGUUCAUCUCGUCUGCCUGGAAGGUAGAAUUCUACCGCAGCCUGAAAGCACGUCCCAAAAUGGAGGCAUACGAGACCUGGAGAGAUGCUGCCGCGGGCGUGCACUGCGAGGCUUGUGGCAGAAGUGGUCAUCCGGCAACCUGGAAGAUUCAUUUCCAAGGCCAACCAUAUAAUAAGGAGACCCUUGAAGAGGUGGAGUCAGAUUCCGAGUCGGAUGUGUCAAGCCGUGGAUCUGUGGACACGCAGGGCAAUGAAUUGCUGCCGACAUCUAAGGAAUGGGCGGUUGGCUCGACGUGUUGUAGCAAUGCCGAGACUGCGCACACUCUCAUGCACUGGAAGCACGCUCUCAAGGAGUGGGUCGAAGAUCGGCUGGAAAUGGACGGACACAUGAAGCCCGCAAAGCUUAAGGAGCGUGAGAAGAUGAAGGCUAAGAAGCGCAGAAAGGCCGCCAAUGAAAUCGUGGACAAAUGGAGAGCGGAUAGAACUGUGGACGCUCUCUACAGAGACUUUCGAUCCGUGCUUCAGCAGGCUCGUGACAAGAGCACUUCUGGGCGUGGUGGGUCUAGCUGGAGGUAA